CAGCAGAAUCAUGUUUUCUCUCAGUUUAGUUCUCACCUUAAUUCUUCUGAACUCCAGCCUGCUAAUAUCUGCAAAUGGUGGCCAUGGUCAUGAUGAUGAUGAUGAUGAUGAUUACUGUAGGAGGUCUUCUAGAACUGCAACUGAGUGUGAAGGACUUAAUCUGGUGCUGUCUUGUCCUAGAUUUCGUAAGAUCCACAUACUUGCUGCAAACUAUGGACGUACAGAUAGAAGAACCUGCAUUGACCAUCGUCCAUGGGGUCAAAUCCGAAAAACCAACUGCAUUUCACGCAACUCUCUGUACAUUGUGUCCAGAAGCUGUGAUGGACAUCGGAGCUGCACCAUAUCAGCCACCAACAGUGUAUUCUCUGAUCCAUGUGUCGGCACAUACAAGUUCCUGAGAGUCAAAUACUGCUGCAAGCGUCGUAGGGGCUAAUCUUGUGGAUUUGACCUUUUGCCAACAUCUUCUCAUUGGGAACACAAAGUUUCUGAAGCCUUCCCUCAUGAAGAUUAACCUUCUCACUAACUGUGGUUAAACCAUGAUGGCUAUGGAUGUGCUGUAGUGUAACUGUAGCAUUUAAAUGUGCUAAAUGGUUAACCAAAAUCUGAUUUGUUCCACAAAUACAUGAACUUUCCCUUUUGAGUGUGGUUCACAACUGGCAAUAUUAUCCUUCUGUGCUGUUUGCAUUAAAUGCAUUUUGACAUGAAAA